GAAGUUGUACCGGCCGGUACGAUUUUUAAUUUGUUAUUUCAUACCUGUUCAUGUGGUAUUUCUUGUUCAUGAACAUGGAAGAAACUGUAUUAUUUCCGUCCCCUAAUUGGUUUCAAACAACUGGGCUGGCUGUAAGCACAGACCGUUGGUUUGUUUUUGGUGGCCCGCAAAAGUCUUUGUGUGUAUUAGAGCCUAUUCUAGAUUCACUUGGAAUCGUUAAAGGGGAUGUUUAUCGGGCACAUGUAUUACACAAAGCCCACCUAGAAAAAGUCGUUAGUGUAGAUAUAUCUCGAGAAUGGCCAGAAAAAAGAGCAUUUAUGAGCGGCAGUGCUGAUGGCUGUGUAAAAUGUUGGAUUUUAGAGCAAGCAGACAAUAAGUAUAAACUUAAUACUACCCACAGUCAUUCUGUUCAUAAAAAUGAAAAAGAGGAAGUGGUAGGUGUAGGAUACUGUAAUGAAACAUAUGCAGUGACAGUUGGGUCAAUGGGACAUGUCGUCAAAUGGGAUCUUAACUCUAACGUGAUUAAGACCUAUCGUAACUUUUUAAAAAUCUUCCGACCUACAAGUAUGUCUUGUUCUCCCCAUGUUCCUUUGAAUGUGGCUAUUGGGACAAAGCAAGGGGUUAUAUUUGUAGUAGAUUUAACUGGUGCAGGAAAAAUUUUGUACAAAGUUCGAGGACAAGAUGACGAAAUUGUCAGUGUAAGUUGGUGUCCACAGUUUGAAGUUUCCAUAAAACAAACACAUGAUAUUGAAAAGAAAGUAAGUGCUAAUGAAAGAAUGAGUAAAAUAAGGCAAGAGGCAGAACUCUCUGAACAGAAUAUGAAUAACUCUGGCGUAUCCAAAACAUUGCCAGAUGAUAGUUUUGAUGAAUCAAUUGUUCAGGAGGAUGACUUGUUUGAUAUGUACAAAGAUUAUGAAACAGAUGCUUUUGGACCUAAGAAAUAUGAACCAGAAGAUAUACUAGUCAAGGUAAAAGAGGAAGUAAAGUCAGAAGUUAGUUAUUUAGAUGAAUGUAAAAUGUUAACUGAAGAAAUAUUAAAAAGAAAAAAUCAACCGGAAGCUAGUAUAGCAAGUUUAGUUGAUGCUUUAGAUAAUGUGGCUGUUGAUAAAGAAAUAGAUAGUUCUAAUGAUGAAACUAAGGCUAAGGAAGUAAAAGAAGAAUCCACUAAAACAGUUUGUCAUCAACACAAGCACCUUGUUUCCAGUUUAGGGAAAAAUGGAUGCGUGAGAAUAUGGGCCUCUGGUGGGAAGCUAGUGGGUAGCUGUAAUGCCCCUAUCUCUACUAAUAAGAACCAGAAGAACAUUAAAAUUCAUCAGUGUACUACAUUGCUGUGGUGCAAACCCGACACAUUGCUAAUUGCUGAUGGCAGGAGUCAAUUGUUGCAGUGUAAUCCAUUGAGUAUAGAUGGGAAAAACAAGAUGUUAUACAAGUUUGUCCAUUCACAACAUAGAAGAGGUUUAUUUUCAAUUGUCUCUGAUGCUCCACAAAUUCAAACACCCGAUAACUUGAAGGAAGCGGAAAAAUGGAGUGUAUGGACAACUGCUCAAGAUCGCAAUGUCAUCAGAUAUUCUCUCGGGACCAAAGAAAUUGUAUACACUCAUGCAACCUGUGGUGGUUUCAUAUAUAAUGUUCAGUCAUGUCCCUAUGAUGCUAGAAGAGUGGCAGUGAGUUCCGGAGAUGGAUCUAUCAGAGUACUAGAACUGGAUGUCUCUGAUGAGGAUGAGAUGAAGUUAAGUUUGGGCAAUAUCUCGACGUAUUGGCAGAAUGUGCAAGGCAAAGUGCUAACUGUGGCUUGGCAUCCAACUAAAGAGAAUCUAUUAGCAUUCGGAACUGCUGAAGCUAGGGUUGGUUUAAUAGAUGCGAAUGGUAAAACAGAGCGUCCAGCUCGCGUGCUGCUUCCCGCACUUAGUGGUGGUGUGUAUUCUUUGUGUUGGGGCGAGGAAGACCAGCUGCUGGCUGCCGCUAACGGAGAACUUGUCGUCUAUAGCACUAGUAAACCUGAUCAACCGCCGCAAAGUAUAAAGGUGUGCGUGGAGGGUGCGCAGUGGGCGGUGAGCUGCGUGCGUGCGCGUGCGCGUGCGCGUGCGCGUGCGCAGUGCGGGCUGCUGGCAGUGGGCAGCAGUGACGGCGCAGUGGCCGUCACCAGCGCCGCCCCGCACUGCACCGCGCUCGCUGCUAACUAUAUAUACACUAAAGUGAUAUACAACGUGGAAUGGCAUCCGGAACAAACUUCUGAAGCAAAUGAGGAAUCGCAAUACAAGAAUCUCAUUGCUGUCUCAUCACUUGACAAACUGCAUAGCAUCUCUAUCCUUGAAUAUGGUGAUAAAGAAGAUGGCACGAAACAGCUGCAGGUCUGGAAAGUGCUGACUGGCCACAAGAACUCUGUUCUACAGUUAGCCUGGAGUCCGCACAGAGAUGAACUUCUGGCCUCCACCUCUCAAGACUGUACUAUACGGGUGUGGGACAUAGUGGGUGGAGCGUGUGUAUCAAUCUGCAAUGCGCACGCGCAGUACGCGGUGAGCGUGGCGUGGUGCGCGCGCCCGCAACUCCCCGCACACCUGCUCACUGGCGGGGCUGACUGCUCACUCAGGCUCUGGUCGUACAUGGACUAUCCCCAAGAUAAAUAUCAAGGAGAAGAAAUAGGUGUUACGAAAAAAGAUAAAAAGAAGCACAAGCAAGAAGUAAAGAAAGCGGAGGAAUUUAAAAAUGAACUUUUAGAUAGUCUAGCUGUGGCCCAGGAAGAUAAAGUGAAAGCAUCUAAGAAAUUCCUUUUGCCUCUUGUACACAAACAAAUGCUCAAGUCCCUUUUACCAGGCGCUAAGGAGAUGUUACAAAACUAUAUAAAGAAGAAUUCUGAUGUUAAGAAAAUUGAAUUUAAUAUGGAUUCAUUUAAGAAAGAUAAAGCUGAAAAUUCAGAAAGUGAAGUCAAUAGUUCCUUCGAUAAUGUUUUAGACAAAGAACCGAGCAAUAAUGAUAAAGGAUUUGAUAUUGACUUUAUUAAAAUAUUCGGGAGCACAAAUGAUGUUAAUGAAGUAUUGGAUUUAGAAUUGGAUUAUCACUUAUCGGGUGGUAACUUAGAGUCGUGGAUAAUGCUGAGUGUGUUGCGCGGGCGCAUUGACUGCGCCGUACAGUUCGCUGUACAACGAGAUAUGCUUUGCCCUUAUCUGCUCAGUCUCACUCCAUGUGUCUCUCACAAAUAUUGGAAAGAAGUGAUGCAGUUGUAUAUAUCACAGUUAGACAGACUCGUCGCCAAAGGAGAGGAAGACAAACAUAACUUGUCGCGUAAGUACGGAGGCGCGGUGUUCCGCAAGUUGGGAGCGCUGCUGAGUGCUCACGACCUGAAGUCUGCAGUCGCGCUGCUCGCAGACCACAGGCUCUACAGGGAGGCUUAUGUACUUUGUCGCACAAGACACAUGGACAGCAUAGCUACAGAUGUACUCGGUCUUUGGGCGCAGCACAGCGCUACAGCCGGCAAUUGGCCACUCGCCGCUGUUUGUCAUCUCGCUAUGGGUGAUCUUUUGCAAGCUGCAACGUUUAUGGGCAAAUCCAACGAGCCAGACUUUUUAUGCUUAGCUGCGGAGAUGGCCAAACUAACUGGACAGACUACAUUCGCUGACCAUAUAGUAGAACGCAAGUCAAAUAUAAUGCUAAAAGAAAAACCUGUCAUUGAAAACGAAGACUCAUUAGGGGAGUUACCAACCAGAAUGGAACUUCUUUUAAAAGAAGAAACUAAUACCAAAAAAGGAGAAAUUAAAGAAAAAGGGAGAAUAGAACAAAGUGAAGAUUUACCUUCUAGAAUGGAACAACUUUUAAGAGAUGUUAAUGUUCAGAAAGAAGAAUUAAAUGGAAUAGAAGUUAAAACAGAAUCUCAAGCUGAUGGAGAUAUGGAGAAGUUACCAUCUAAAAUGGAACUCCUUUUAAGAGAAUAUGCAACUGCUUCACCAGAUAAAGAAAAUAAUCAGUCUCAUGAUAACUAAA